AUGAGAGUUGCGGUUCACGGUGCGUUGGACCAGCUUGCUCAUCUCGAAUCCAGGUUGCGCCAGCAUGAGCUUGGUGGCGCUUCUUCAACUCUGGAAUUGCAAGGCGUAGAGGAUACGUCCACGAAAAACGACCUUGUUGAUGCGGGUGCUAGGAGUGUGCCGCGAGAGGAGGCUCUUGAUGUUGGUUGGCGCUCUGGACGUGCGGGGCCACCAGAUCCUGCGUUCAGGUCAGUUGGUCAAGAACCAACGCCCGUGCCGAAAAGCAGACAACCAGCAACGCCUGUCGGACACGCGGGGAGUGCUAGUACUGCGGGCAAUCCUGCCCUAGGGUCGUCCGGAGAAGCAUCUGGAUCGACAGGAGCCCAGCAGCUUUCUGACCUACUACGUCGUAGAGGAAGCGGUGAUUCUGAGCAGCAGCAGAAGCGCGCGGCGCGCUGGUUUGAAGCAUCUGCCGCAAGUAGUACGAGCAGUCGCAGCGGGAGUAAGGAGAACCCCUCUUCACCCGGUUCUUCGCAACCAGGACGUGGGACGGUAUCGUUACCUCUUGGGGCUCCGAGCGAGGCGGAGGUUGGGCUGUUUGUGUCAGGUGUGAGCCGUGAACCAAGGGCGCAUGUGCUGAAGCAACCACCACAACCGCCACAGAGCGCAGGCCGCGAAGCGGAAGCGCUGGCUACUAGUAUCGCGACACCUUUGGACGAUAUCGACGGUCGUCGCGCCUUUGCUAGAGCACAACGCGACGCCGGCCGCUUCGGCAGUGCGCAAGUUGUUCGAAUGUCCCCAGAUGACGAGAAUUCCGCUGACUACUCCAUCGAAAAGCACUAUGCGUCGCCUGAAGCAAACGAGAUCUACCGACGUAGCUUGCAGGACAAUUAUACUGGAAUACUCCCCUUCCCCUUCGAUGUGUCGUCCGCACAAAAAAGCGCACACGCACUAGAUGAUGGCACAAGUAGUAACAAGCGAGCAGCAGAUGAAUCUUCUCGGAGGAGACCAGAUAGAGAACACGGAUCUCCAUCCACAUCGAGUGAUCAUGGCUCUUCUUCACCUGUCUCUGCCUCUCGCGUCAAAUCCGGAGAACAGGAUGGCAGUGCGUCUGUAGAAGUAAGAGAAAGAUCACCACUAAUCUCUAAUGCCGAGGACACUACAACAUCUGCCAUAUUGAAUCGAGCAGUGCCUGGACAUUUUGUUGUGCAUGAUGCUUUAUCGCCUGACGUGAUGAAUCAGGCGGAGCUUCGGAGCUUGUCGAAGCAAAGCAAUGAAUCUCAAGGCGGACGCGGAGCUGAGUCACUCGAUAGAUCUGGAGCUCGCAUGGAUCUAGUUAGUCGGAGCAAAGAAGGUGGAAAAGUGGAUUUGCAGACAUGGACAUUGCGCACCCUUGCUGUGCAGGAGGAGGACGGGCAGCUUGUUAAAGCAGCGACUACACCUGCUAUUUCUAAUGUGGGUGCCGCAGCUCCGGGGCAUAAGAGAAGCGAUCCUUCCCUCGACGUAGCGUCUGGAGGUGAUAGAGUUUGGGGUCAUGACGAGACUGCCGAAAGAGGUACAAGAAUUCGCGGAAGACCACGUGAUGACAACCAAGCGGAGAAACCGGCAAAAACUGCACCAAAAGAAGAAAGAUCAGAGGCGCCACGUCACGAGCGUGCGCGUGAAACAGCUUCGCAGACUAGAUCUGAUGGGGGAACAGGUACAGAAGAUCGACACGCUAGGGCUGGAGACGAAAGCGUUCUCGCCGAUCAUCUGGAAAGAUUGGGUUUUCCUGUGCCGUCCUGCCCUUCUUCUCGAGCUAUGGCGAAGAAGACACGAGAAGAAGGGUCGAGCAACUUGUACUCGACGCAAGGAGCAGUCGGUGGCCCCUCAUUCGCUAAUCUGCGUGAAACGGAUGAGGAGCAUUUGCGGAAGCGACCUUCUGACAAGGCAUCCGCUGCAGCUGCAAAUGCAAUCGCGGCAGGGAGCAGUGAUGGCCCAGGUCCUACUACUGUAGCUCAUCUCGAUGGCGCAGCUGCUCUCCCUGGCAUCCCAAUCGUUCCUUCGCUGGGUGUAGUUGUGCCGGAUGUAGUUGUGUCUGGCCCUCGAGGAAUGGCUGCAAUUGGAGGAGCUACCUCUCCUGAGGUCGCAGAUCGUUUGGCUUUGGUUCAUCUAGUACCAAAAGAGCAUGUAGACGGAAGACCGACUUCGCAAAGUGGAAGUCCUCCUGAGGAGCCACGUUCGCAUCCUGGCAUCGUGACAACAGGAGCAUUAGCUGCGCCAGGAUCGCCAACCCAGAUGGGCCUCCAGGGAUCUCCAAGGACAGACACACCGCUAAGCUUCACGACGGAAGUGUCGAUCGAACUCUCAGGAGAAGACAAUGCGCCUCCGCCUGUCUCAGCAGAAAUCCCUGGGUAACUACUUUUUCUGUGGACAAGAGUAUCCAUGUAGCAAUCGCGACAUCAAACACAUAUCGCAGACCCUCGUUUUUGUUCGUUGCUGAAAUCCAAGUCUACAGUACAGAGUUGUUAGGAUGUUCUUGCCAGCAAAAAUCUUUAAUUGUCUACUAUCAUAGCAUCUACUAAUGUUUUUCACAGGCCACUACCAAACCUCGGUGGGGAACGUUCAGAUCAUUCUGUAGGCUCACGAUACGGCGCAAACCUUACCCUGAUUGAAGGGAGAGCAGGGGAUAUCUCCGACUUGGACGUCGCCUUGAACAGCCGUGCUUCAUCGAAAAUGUAUUCCCUUUCUCUCAGUGUCGAGCGUACGCUCUCUCAUACUGCACCGAGUCAAAAGCGGAGUAACGUGGACUCCCUCUUGCAUUCAAUCGCCUCGGAGGGCCACGCUGAUGAGGGCAGCAGUAUGGGAGGACAAGCACCAGGACUUGCGAGCUACAACUUGGCAUCGAUAGAAUCAGGGGGCAUUGCUAGUGGGAGUGUAUCUCGAGUAGUAUCUAAAGAAGGAAGCGAUCGCAGCGUCAGCGUGGCGGCAGUAGGUUUUCUGGGGUCAGGAGAAGGAGAUCAUCCUGCUGAUGCUUCAGUCUCGAUGCUUGGCGCUCCAUCAGGUGCUUCUGAAGAGGAAGGAGCACCUGCUAGUGGGCUGCUAGGCAGCGCAGCUGGAGCUUUGGACGCGUCUUUCACGGCUGGUGGCGCAUCGCUUUCCGUCGGACCGGUGGAAAAUCGCGGCGACGCUGGGAUACCCUUAGGAACAAUUGCAGAAGAUCAAGAUUUGCGCGCAGGGGUUCCGCCGCUGGCUGCCACCGCGUCGCUCAACAUCUCACCGUCUGCAUCUCUGCCCGAUGCUGCCGAAAUCUCGGACGCACUUCUUGGUACUAGUACGGGAAUCCUGUUCGCGGCGACUGGCGGCCCAUGGUCCAAACUGACGGCGGAUCCAGCGCUGCCGAGCACUAGCGCGGGCCGCGCGCGGCUUCCGGAAGGUAGUGUUUCGCUGCCAGCUGGCCUGGAUCCCGCUAUCAAAGCUGCUCUCUUAAGCCGAGACGCAGAGGGUGCAUCGCCACUAUCCAAGGACGAGCUUGCAGCAUAUCUUCAAAGACUCAAAUCGGAUGCGAAUGCGAAAUCAGUAGUGGCAGACCCAGUUUUAGAAGUCGCUGGAGGUAAUGAAGAGGCGAAAAAUGAUAGUGAAGACAGGCGACCAAUGUCUAGUACAUCUUCAGAUUCAGAAGAUCGCCAGAAGAAAGCCACUGCUUCAUCUCAAGCUAGGCCUGGCGCUCCAGUAGCAGAGUCGCCCCAGACACAGUCAGUACUUCUAGACCGCGCGAGGCUUGCAGCAGUAAGGCGGGCGUCACUAGGACGCUCAAGCGCAAGCAGCAGUAUGGGCGGGAACGAAAUGACACUUGAUAUUUUGCCUUCCGCUCCAGGAGAAGAAGAUCCACCAUCUUCACCGGACCCGACUGCAGGGUCCAAGAAAGAGGAGUCUGAUAGCAGCACUGGAAAGGGGAAGAAGGCGGCGCCGCCAGCAGGCAAAAGCGCAGGAAAAGCAAAAGGGAAGCUGCCACCACCGGCUGGGAAGGGGAAAGACGGAAAGGGGAAGCCCGAAGUUCCGGCCGCGAAGGGCGCAAAGGGAAAGGGCGCUCCGCCGCCAGCAAAGGGUGCCGCUCCACCGGCCAAAGGUGCGAAGGGAGCUCCGCCGCCAGCGGGCGGAGCGAAAGGCGCAAAGAAGGGCGCUGGCAAGGGGACGGCAGGCAAGCCGAGUCUGAACAAAGUUGAGGAACCUCCAGAAGCGAAGUUUCGGAAGACACAGAUUCCCGACGUUGCCCCUGGAAGUUUGAGACCGCUGUUUUGGCAUCCGCUGAGGUUAGACGCCUCUCCUGAAAAGAAGGACGAGAACACCAUUUGGCAUGUGAUCGAUCAGAACCCUGCACGCAUUUCGCAGUCCGUGCUGCAACACAUUUUUGCCGUGAAGGCCGUCGGGAAUGCAGGGAAGAAGUGCGAAGAAGCAGGCGCCGCUUCCGGUGGACUCAAGAAGCACGGAAAUGGGCAUUUACUGCGAAGGCAGAAGCAGUUUGACAUAGAUCAUGGACAGGCUUUGGUUCAGAAAGUGCUCAAAUCGACGGCGAAAAAGAUCAGCGUCUUUUCAGAUAAGGACGCGCGCGCUAUCGGGCUUAUGCGGGCCAAGAUGCCGCCGCUAGGUCGACUGCGACGGAAUUUCAUGCGGUUAGAGGGUCUUGACGGGACGCAGUUGGGGCUGCUCCGCGACGCAUUUCCGAGUGAAGAACUGCUAGAGCAGCUGCGUGGACAAGCACGCGAAGAGGAGGAGCGACUCUCCAAAGAAAAUCGCACGUUGAUUGAGGAGUACGCGACCAACUACGUUGCCCGACUCGUGCGAGGCGUGGAGGAGCGUCUGGCCUCUGCCCUUCCGCUUCCACCCGCUACGAUUUUAGAGCAGGAGGGAGGAUCUUCGUCUAGCACCUCAAAAAUGCGACUCCCGGACGCUGUCGCUGAGUACGUUCGAGAGCGGAUGGCGGCGCAAGUAGAAAGACGGAUGCAGCGCGACGAGGAAGACACGCACGCGCUAACAGACAGCGACAUUGAAGUGAUGUUAGAUUUAGCUACGAAGCCAUCUCUGGAACCGGUGGAACGGUACUGCCUCGAUCUUUUGAACAUCCCUUGCUUUCGUCUGCGACUGAAGGUGUGGCUAAUUUGCUACGAUUUCGCGGAGUUCUUCGCAGACAUAGAGAAGAACGCAACCUACGUGUUGCACGCCUGCGAUUUUCUUCAGCAAGAUCCCGUGUUGAUCAGUAUGUUCAACAUUCUAGUGCACAGCGGGAAUAUUCUGAAUGCGGGCAGUGCAGCGCGAGAGCGCGCAGAUGGCUUUGCGCUGGAAAUCCUGCAAAACAUCAAGUCCGUAAAAACGACGAAAGAUAGACUUCCCGAUCUGGCACUUAUCAAAAAAGACGAAGAAAACCGGGAGAAGAAACGGCGGGCAAGUACCGGCGGCUUCGACAGCAGCGCGAAAAAACCAGGAAGUGCAAGUAGGGAACGUGUAGAUCGAGCGAUUCUGGCGCAAGGCGAGGCUUCACCACUUCUGCCGAAGAAAAUCUCGAUGCCAGACGACACGAGUGCUUCACCGGCAGACAGGCGGCCAGUUGGAGAUGCAAAGGAAGUCGAUAGCGAUAAAAAAGACACUGGUGUAGUGCUUCCGGGAUCCACUCCCAACGGCAAUAGUAAGAAACAGCGGAGGGGACGUGGAAAUGAUCAGGAUGGAAUGUCAUCUUCGUUCACGAGUGACGACAGCGAUGGCGAUGACAGCCGUGCACGGCGAGAAGGAGACUCGAGUACAAGCCUGCAGCUCCCUCCGAUCGGCGGAGGACGUCGCGCCGUGAAAUCCGUGGGCGGAGUGCCUUCUUCGGCCGUGGGCAGCGCUAGUAGCAGCCGGCCGACUUCGUUGAGCCCGAAGAGCGGUAGUCCACAGACUCCACGCUACGACGAGCUCGGAGUAAAAUUUGCCGAUGACUUUGCGACGAUUACAGAAGAUCCAUUGGCCUUUCCUAGCGUUCGAGAUUUCUGUGACUUUCUCGUGCUUUCCGCAGGGAUCAAAGAAGUGGGGUCGUUGUUUCGCAUCAAUGUGGCGUAUGGCGCAGAAUCGGUGCACGAGGUUGUGAGCAAAGCGGCACGCUUUACUGCAGCCGAAUUGCGUCGGGAUUUCUUCAGCCUGCGCUCACGCGUGAAAAGUGCCGUGGACGCUCUCAAAGACAUCGAAAGCAAUCCUGAGAUAGCUGUGCUAGCGCGGUCAGUGAGCAGCGACAGUGCCAAGGGCGAGGAUGGACCCUUGGCUUCGCGAUCAGCUAGCCGCGAAAUCGCUGGUGGAGCACGCGUGGUCGAGGCAGUCUCUUCGACAGCCUCAGCUACGGGGCAGCAACGAUCUUCUUCCUCUUCUAGCAGCAAAAGUCCGCCAGGCAGCCCGAGUGGCACUUCUCAAGCGGGCGGACCAACGCCGCUGGCGGUGAUGCUAGAAAAGCGGGCCUAUCUAGAGAGCCGGCAGCCGGAACUCGCGAAGCUGGAGAAUGUACUCGGAGAUGCGGAAAAGCGGUUCGAAGCUGUUCGAGGGUACCUCAAAGACACUGCAAAAAAGCGAGAUUACACGGAAUUUUUUGGACUUUUCAAAUCCUGGCUCAAAGACGUGGAGGAGAGCUAUCUGCACGUAAAAAAGGUCGCAGACCAAUUGCACGCGAAGCACACGCGGACACGGCGUCGGCAGACCUUGGCCGAAGAGAUACCGUCAGUCCGCAGAAAGCUUCAAAAACGUGCAAGCGUUGGCUUCUAAAACUGAAUUAUAAAUAUAUAACACCUUCAGCUUCACUUUUGUCGCCUACCGAUCUAGAAGUAGCAUAGUCUUUUUGGUCACGUUUUUCGUGGCUGAAUUAAGUUUCAGUUUGUUUUUUUAUGCUGCCGAGAGAUGGUAGAUACACUUACAUUCACGAAGUUAGACACCUAAAGACGUUCACACGUCGAGCUUUUUUACGCAUUAACCUCACUUGUCACCACUUUCAAGCUUUCACUUUCUUAGCAGAUUUACAUUUAAAAAAAGUCGAUGUUGAGCCAGAUGACGUCGCAAACGUCAAGCUGUGCUCUUCUUUUUUGUGGACAAAGAACCGUAUUCACGUAGAAACUAGAUGACAUCUGUCACUUUUUCUUCCAAGGACACCAGCUUCUCCUCCUUCGAUUUUUCUAGGCUGUGAGUAUGCCGGCGCUAGGAGAGGCGAUAGGCGUGCGCGCUUGAGGUGAAGGGUGCAGGCGGAAGGAUAGUCGAG